AUGACGAAGAAUCAGAGGCUCAAACAGUUGCCGAGGAGCAAUGACGAGGAGGACAAGCCGCAUCCUUUGAAGCCAAUCGGUUGCUCCUCGAAGAAUCACGUGGAGAGCGAGGACGGGUCCAAGAGCAAGCGGUGGAAGCCUGUGAAGCUUGUGGAUGAGGACAGUGAUGAGGAUGGACACGGAUGUGAACCCAAGGCUGAUCAGGAGGGUGGGCAAGAGGAGAAGAGUGCAAGGAACGUGAAGGAGGAGGAAGAGGAAGAGGAAGAGGAGGAGGAAGCCGGUGAGGAUGCGAAGCCGGUUGGCAAGCCGGUGAAGUUUUCCGGCGAGGCGAUGGCGAGGAAAAGCCAUUACAUUGCAUGCAUUUACAAGGGAGAUCAAUAUAAGCUCGAGGAUACUGUACUUCUGAAUCCCGCUGAAACAGGUCAUAAACCGUAUGUGGCUAUUAUCAAGGAUAUUAUACAAACGACAAACGGAAGCAUGAUGGUCACUGCGCGCUGGCUCUACAGACCUGAAGAGGCAAAGAUAAAGGGAGGUGGGGGGAGUCGGCAGUCGCUUGACAUUAGGGAACUAUUUUAUAGUUUCCAUCAAAACGAUGUUCCCCUAGAAUCUGUCAUGCACAAGUGUGUCGUCCACUACAUUCCAGUUCACAAGCAAAUCCCUGAUCGAAAACAGAGUCCAGGUUUCAUAGUGCAGAAGAUAGAUGACCCCAUUGAAGAGAAGAUGUGGGAGUUGACCGACAAGGAUUAUGGAGUAAACAUUCAAAAGGAGAUAAAUCUUCUCCUUCAAAAAACCCUGCAGCGGUUGGGAGAUCUGCCGGAUUUGGAAAUGGAGGAUGAUCAUGCUGAUCAGGAUGAUCAGUUGAAGAGAAAAAGGUGA